CUUUAAGCGCACCAAGUUGCCUGCCGCUUGGCCAAAUCAACUCGUUCGCCCGUGGAUCUCGUCUUGGAUUAUUACACAACUAUUCCGGCAGUCAGUGUAGCCAUGAAUCUCCGUUAUAUUUUCACUGUUUCGCUGGUGCCCACGCUGUGCGUGCUCCUUGUGCUGCUGCUGGAUUAUGUGGAGCAGGGCCUGGCCCAGAAUCCGGACCCGCUCUUCGAGCUGCCCGUCCAACUAGUCGGCUUUCCGGUCAUUGUGCUCUCGGUGCGCCUCUCGCAGUUCGCCAGGAAGUUGGCCUACUCCCUGAGUCCAAGCACCUACAGGUCUCGCAGCAGACGCGACAUUGCCCACCCGCUGGCGCUGGAUGCCGAGCUGGCCCAGAAGCAGAUCUUGAGCGCAUUCGGGCCACGGGCCUGCAUCCUGGAGGAGCCGUGCCGUGUGCAUGCGUCACGUGCCGCGGGCAGCGACCGCCGUGCGCCCGGCAAUGGCAGAGCCAAGCCGCAUGCUGCCUGGUCGGAGGUCUUGAGCAACUACAAAGUGCAAUCGAGCAACGAUGGCGGGAUGAAACAAUGGUAUCUGCUGUCGCUGUUCAUCGGGGAUGCGGUACGGGAUGUGCCGCUGUGCAAGCACCUGGCCAAGCGGAUGCCCUGUCCGGGCGUUGGACCCCUGCCACCGCCACAGCCACGCUGAGGAGCCAUCCAACCAUACAACCAACCAUCCAACCAUCCGGCUCCACAUGAAGCUCUCGGGGCGGAGCUGCCUUCUCUGGGUACUCGAGGAGGCUGGAGACUGGAGCAGGCUGAGUGGAGUGUUGCGCCCGUAGUCAGUCACUCUGGACAUCUUUGUUAUACUCUCUCCUCACCAUAUCCACAUGUAUCUAUGUAUCUAUGCUCUUUGUCCUUACUUCAUUUCAUCAUUCCGUUGUACCUUAGUCGCUUUUAAGGGUUUUAAUUUAAAUGAACGUCCGCCGAACAGGCUUCGAGGCUCGAGGCGACGGCGGCAUGUGUAGGCGCUUAGAUUUACGAGUAAGCAAAUAAAUCAACAAAAAAGAAAAACCAAGCAAAAA